AGUAUUUCUAUAAACACAAAAUUCUAAAGAUGUCAAUUAUGAUGACUCAGUGCGCAAAUUGUAGCAAAGAAAUUCCAAAUGAAUCGUCAAAUGUAUCUGGAAUCACCCAAGUAACACUUUACAACCGUAUGGCCGAUGAUCGGGAAAUGUCUCGCUUUUUGUACCGACUAACGCAGGAAAUCGUUACCUCGCGGGAUUUUUCCGAUGCUAACAUCAACCGCAUCUGCGAAAAGUACUACCAAAACACGUCAUUCACGAACAAAUACCGGCUGGUUCAAACUAUUGCUGAUUUGAAGCAGAAACUAAACAUCGAAGGUCCGAAACUGAUAUACAAUCCUACUGAUGAACCGACGACCAUCGCCAAAGAUUCUUGUAGCUGCCCUCGAUCAAAUAUAUCAGCAGUUAAAGUUCGUCGAUGUGAUAAAUGUAUCAGUGUGCAAUCUUUCCAUCGUGCAUCUUCCGUCCUCAAAAAACAAAAAAAUCCAUUUGUUCCAACGAUCGAUGACUCCACGAAAAAAUAUACAAGCUCCUCGGACUCCAUCAGUACCAUCACGACGUACAAUUUCCCCUCGUCGAUGAAUUUCCCAUUUUCAGGCUCGCCUCAGUUUGGACGCUACAAACCUCCAGCCGACUUCGAUAAAAGGAUCGGGGAAAUGCUUACCCAACCGGGAGGGAAUCAAUUGCCAGAGUUGGUAGAAGGCUGUUGUGGUGGAAACAAAAACUCCAAGGACAGUUCUGCCGAUAUGACGUUGCGGAUGGCUGCGUCCGAACGGUUGUUCAAGGGUCCACCUGGUAACCCGAAGUGCCCGUUACAUCACUGUGAACAUUUUUCACGUGCAGAUAUAUGCGGUGGGGGUUGUGGAGCAGGUUGCGCCAGUGGCUACCCUCCACCGAGGCAGAACUUGCCCGAGGAUACGGAAUCAACCCAGGCUACCUGUUGCGGAGUUUCGAAGAAAAAGAGGAAACCGGCUGGGGAUAAAAAGAAUGCACCGACAAAGAAAACGGGGAAAUGUAGUGCUAAAAAGUAAAUGGUUGAUGACUGAGAAAACAUUUCAAUCGAAGGGUUUGGUCAGAAGAGCUUCUUGCAACAAUUUAGUGAAAAUUGCGUCUAGUUUUUUUGCUUCAAUCUCAUUAAUACAGUACAGUUAAGCAUUUCAAUCUUAACACAACACAUUUUAUCACAGCACAGAACUUCUCAUGGACAAGCAGGCAUGAAACGCAAGUUUGUGCUUAGU